GCAAAUCUUGAAAUCAAAAGACAUUUCCCAUUAAUCAUAAUAAUCAUGAUCAUGAUGAAACUUAAACCUCUGAUUCUAGUCUUUUUCUCAAUGUUCCUCGUGUUACACUAUCUCACUAAUCAAACCAAUUCCGAUUCUUACCUCGGAGGACAUACCGGAAUUACAACUCCGUUGCGGCCACCACCACCAAGAAAGACAUACUGCAGCAAGUCAUCUUCAUCUCCACCUCCGCCGAAAUACAUGUAUGUAACCGGUGUGCCUGGGGAACUCUACCGGACCGAGCCAGAUGACCAAUGGGGAUAUAAUUCUAGUGUAAACCGAAAUCUGGUUAAGUGUCUCUUGGUUAUUGUAAUUGUGGGGUUUGGAGUUAUAAAUUUUCCCACCUUGAUAUCGGAAAAAUUAUCUGUUGAGCUGAAAUUGAAAUUGGAUUUUCCGUUAGGUUUACCUGGUAUUGAAAUUAGAAUUGAAUUUUCGGUUAAGUUUACCUGGGAUCAGAGGAAUAAGUUGACUCAGGAAGUUUCUUCUGCUUUCAGCGGCAAGCUCAACAUCCUUAACAAUCUUCGAACCAUUCUGCCACACUUUUAUCAGUUAAGAUUACCAGCACCGGAGGAAAUCGCGUCACUGGUUGCUUUUCUUUGCCUUCCUGCAGCCUCCUACACUACAAGACAGGAAGAGCUAAAAGCAUGCUUAAAUGAUUGCAAAUCCAGUGGUUUAGUGGUGUCUGGUUCGGUUAGAGAUCAGAGGGAUAAGUUGAUUCAGUGGCAAGCUCAACAUUCUUUUUUAUGUCGUUUCAUCAUCAUAUUUUUUUUCUUGCAGAAAUCCAAGGCAUCGGAUGCAAGUGAGGAAACUAUCAAUACUACAUUCGAUAUCAAUGUCUUUGGGACGAUAACUCUUAUAAAGUUGGUCACUCCUCAUAUGCUAAAACAAGGAGGCGGUCAUUUUGUUGUGAUAAGCAGUGCUGCAGGAAAGGUACCAUCACCUGGACAGGCUAUAUAUUCUGCUUCAAAACAUGCUCUGCACGGCUACUUCCACAGCUUGCGUUCUGAGUUCUGUCAGGAGGGAAUCAAAGUGACCGUCGUUAUUCCUGGUCCAAUAGAAACGUUGAAUGGUACAGGAACAUCAACUUCGGAAGACAAGAAGUCUCAUGAGAAGCGUGUGUCAUCUGAAUGAUAUGCAGAACUGACUAUAAUCGCCGCGUCUCAUAGCUUGAAGGAAGCUUGGAUUUCAUAUCAGGUACUUGUUUGUCAAAAUCGCAUAUGUUUCACUCAGUUUAGAUGCUGAUAUACGAUCUUCUUUUUGCUAUUUAUCAGCCAGUACUGCUUGUGAUGUAUCUAGUGCAGUACAUGCCUUCCCUUGGCUUUUGCUAUUUAGUUUCUUUGCGCUCAAGAGGUUUUCAGAUGCAGCUACGAGAUAAAUCGGACUACUGUAU